AAUCUGUUAAUCAAAUGAAAAACUUCUUGUUUGGUUUAAAGAAAAAGAGCCGAAUUCCCAAUUUACCCAAAUUAAAAUUCAUGACUCAUCAUACAACAUAAGGUUAAAAUCGUCACUUCGAAUACUUAUUUUUCUUUCCCGGCUUUCGUCCGUGUCCGGCUGCGUUUCGUCUUUCUGCCGAUCGCAUUGCUCGAUCAGUCGAUCUAUACAAAGAAGGAAAGAAGAAUCAAGCUGCCAAUUCUCUCUCUCACUCUCUGCGUCUCAUUCAUUCCAUCCGCAAAGAGAUGAAAGAGAGUAGAGUUGGAACCAAGAGCGAUAAUGCUUCAAAACCGUCAUCUGCUAACUCCCUUCCACUUAUCCUCGACAUAGAUGAUUUUAAGGGGGAUUUCUCAUUUGAUGCAUUGUUUGGAAAUUUGGUGAAUGAUCUCCUACCAUCAUUUCAAGAAGAAGAAUCUGAUUCAUCUGAAGGGCACAGCAACAUUGUUGGAAAUGAUGUUUUGCCAAAUGGGAAUUUGCGAAACAUUCCAUCCGAUGCAGCAAAACUAGCUCAAGGGCUGUCUAGCCCGUUAUUUCCGGAAGUUGAUGCCCUAUUAUCUCUUUUCAAAGAUUCUUGCCGGGAGUUGGUUGACCUUCGACAACAGAUUGAUGGAAGACUCAACAAUCUCAAAAAGGAGGUUUCCAUUCAGGAUUCUAAGCACCGCAAGACGCUUGCCGAGCUGGAAAAAGGCGUGGAUGGCUUGUUUGAUAGCUUUGCAAGGUUGGAUUCACGCAUUUCUAGUGUUGGACAGACUGCUGCCAAAAUUGGAGAUCAUUUGCAGAGUGCAGAUGCUCAGCGGGAAACUGCCAGCCAAACAAUAGAACUCAUUAAGUACAUGAUGGAAUUUAAUAGCAGCCCGGGGGACCUAAUGGAACUUUCACCUUUAUUCUCUGAUGACAGUCGUGUUGCCGAGGCUGCAUCAAUUGCUCAGAAAUUGCGUUCCUUUGCCGAGGAAGACAUUGGAAGACAAGGCCUUGCUGUACCAUCAGUUAUGGGAAAUGCAACUGCAAGCAGAGGAUUAGAAGUUGCAGUUGCUAACCUUCAGGAUUACUGCAAUGAAUUGGAGAACAGAUUGUUGGCGCGGUUUGAUGCAGCAUCACAGAGAAGAGAAUUGUCUACCAUGGCUGAAUGUGCCAAAAUUUUAUCCCAGUUCAACAGGGGUACCAGUGCCAUGCAACAUUAUGUGGCAACACGUCCAAUGUUUAUUGACGUAGAGGUUAUGAAUGCUGACACCAGAUCGGUGCUCGGUGACCAGGUUUCGCUAGCUAGUCCUAGCAAUGUUGCACGUGGACUUUCUUCCUUGUACAAAGAAAUCACAGAUACUGUUCGGAAAGAAGCAGCUACAAUAAUGGCUGUAUUCCCGUCCCCUAACGACGUUAUGUCAAUCUUGGUUCAGCGAGUUUUAGAGCAGCGAGUUACAGCUCUUUUGGACAAACUAUUACAGAAACCAUCUCUUGUGAAUCUACCUCCUAUGGAAGAAGGCGGGCUUUUAUUGUAUCUUAGAAUGCUGGCAGUGGCAUAUGAGAAGACAAAGGAACUUGCUGGAGACCUAAGGGCUGUAGGGUGUGGUGACUUGGAUGUCGAGGGCCUCACUGAGUCUCUUUUCCUUGCUCAUAAAGACGAGUAUCCUGAGCAUGAGCAGGCCUCCCUGAGACAACUCUAUCAAGCAAAGAUGGAAGAAUUGCGUGCUGAAAGCCAGCAACCAUCAGAUUCAUCUGGGACAAUUGGGCGCUCAAAAGGAGCUUCUGUAGCAUCUGCUCACCAGCAGAUAUCUGUUACAGUGGUCACGGAGUUUGUGCGUUGGAAUGAAGAGGCAAUUUCCAGAUGCACUUUGUUUUCAUCUCAGCCUGCUACCCUUGCAGCCAAUGUAAAAUCUGUUUUCACUUGCCUGAUGGACCAAGUCAGUCAAUAUAUAACAGAAGGGCUUGAACGGGCUAGAGACAGCCUGACUGAAGCUGCAGCUUUGAGGGAAAAAUUUGUGCUGGGGACAAUUGUUAGUAGGAGGGUGGCUGCUGCGGCUGCUUCUGCUGCAGAAGCUGCUGCUGUUGCUGGUGAAGGCAGUUUCAGAUCUUUUAUGGUGGCUGUACAACGGUGCGCUAGCAGUGUGGCUCUAAUUCAACAAUAUUUUGCAAACUCUAUAUCACGGCUAUUACUACCGGUGGAUGGUGCACAUGCCUCCUCAUGUGAAGAAAUGGCAACAGCUAUGUCCAGUGCAGAGGCUGCUGCUUAUAAGGGGCUUCAACAAUGCAUUGAAACUGUGAUGGCUGAGGUAGAGCGAUUGUUAUCUGCUGAACAAAAGGCAACGGAUUAUCGGUCACCUGAUGAUGGUAUUGCUCCAGACCAUAGGCCAACAAAUGCCUGCACAAGAGUUGUAGCGUAUCUUUCCCGUGUGCUGGAGACUGCAUUCACUGCACUAGAAGGCCUUAACAGACAAGCUUUCCUUACUGAGCUAGGAAAUCGCUUGCAUAACGGGCUACUUAAUCAUUGGCAGAAGUUCACUUUUAAUCCCAGUGGAGGCCUGCGGUUGAAGCGUGACAUAACUGAAUAUGGAGAGUUUGUCCGGAGUUUUAAUGCUCCUUCUGUUGACGAGAAAUUUGAGCUGUUGGGCAUCAUGGCCAAUGUGUUUAUUGUUGCUCCUGAAAGCCUCGCCACUUUGUUUGAGGGUACUCCGAGUAUCAGGAAAGAUGCACAAAGGUUUAUUCAACUUCGGGAGGACUACAAGAGUGCAAAACUUGCUGCCAGACUCAGUUCUUUGUGGCCAAGCUCCAGUUAAGACAGGAUUGGUGCGCUAUAAAGGUAACCUGCCACUUCUCUUGGGUUAGUUAUGGGAAGCAUUUACGAAUGAUAGGGAGCUGAAACCUCAAGUUGACUGGUUGGUGCUGCCAAGAGCUAGUUAGGGAGCUGGUUUGAGAUUAAGCUAAUCAGGAGGCUGAUGAGCUGACCUUCUGAAAAUUGGGUACAUUAGCUGUCACCUUUUAAUUUUUUUUCUCAUUAUAUUUUCCUUAUCCAUUUUGAGUGUAUAUUUUUGAUAGUAUGGACGGGAAAUUGAAUACGGUUGCACUUAGAAAGGCUUUAAUUUAUCCACUUAUCCCUUUUUCCUUUGUGUGACAAAUCAAAGAAUGACAGGUUUCUUGGC